UAAUAUUAUGAGAAAAUUAUCAUUUUUGUCUAGGUCAUUGAACCCGGAAGUAAUGAGACUUUGAUACUGAGGAUGUAGCAACGAUUUGUUUAUAGCAACCAGGUUGUGGCCGCAAUAAAAAUCAAUAAAAUGUGAUCAAUUAACCUUCUAAAAUGAGCCAGAUCGAACUGUCACAAGCUAGUACUAUUCCGUAUGAGUUUUCUGACCAUGACCCUGAGUUUAAUGAUGAACUUCACUUAGUUGAUAUUUUAUAUCCAGAAUGUCCAAAUGAAAGUGUUGAACAUGAACAACCUGUGUCCUUUUUUAAUGCCCAAGAUAGUGAUAAUGCUUCAGAUGUUGGAGAUGAUGGUUAUUUAUAUGAUGCGUAUUAUGAUGAUAGCUCUGACUUAGAUGUAGAUAAUGAAAUUGAAAAUGAUCUUGUGCAACAGGAAAAGAGACCCAUUGACCAACUUGAGGAUGAUAAAGUUUUGAAAUUUCGGAAUGAUACAUGUGGUUGUAGGGAAUUUCAUAACGGUACUGCUUGCUCCAAAGUUGUCAAUUUUGAUGAAUUAAUUGGGUACCGUCAGAGAUGUAUGGAAAUGACUACAGAGGAAAGAGAUCUUGUAGUGAAGUCCCUUCUGUUUUCUCACCGGCAUACAGGUGCAAAUAUUCAGGCUACCGGAAAAAAAUCAAAAGUGCGGGAAAGAGCCUCCCAAGAGUAUUAUUUUAUGGGUUUGCGAGUGUGUAGGUCAUUAUUUUGUUUUGCACACUAUAUUUCAAAAAACACUCUAGGAAAUAUAUCAAAAUCUCUAGAUGAAAUAGGUAUUGUUCCUCGUGUACAUGGGAAUAAAAACAAACCAUCUCCACAUAGUUUGACUUUUGAAGAUAGAAAUCAAAUAAAAAAGUUCAUAACAGAAUAUGCUACAGAAAAUGCGUUACCGUUACCUGGUCGCUUACCAAAUGUGCCCCAGAAGACAGUUCUUCUUUUGCCAUCAGACCGUAAGGUUAUUGAUAUACACAACCUUUAUAAUGAAAGUGCAGGUGAAAGUGGGUGCCGUUCAGUCUGUUUGAAGACAUUUAGAAAUACAUGGAGUGAUCUUUGCCCACACAUUACUAUUUCAAAGCCCGCUACUGAUUUAUGCCACCAGUGUCAAAAAUACAGUUUCACUCUCAGUCAAUCUGGAAAACUGACAGAGGCAGAAAAACAGGAUACUUUGAAAAAUUAUGGUGAGCAUAUACAAAGGGCGCAAGGUCAGAGAACUCACUACAGACAACAGACAGAAGAAAGCAAGCAGUUAUAUAUAAAUACUAAUCCAAUGGAAGGCAGUCCACCAUGCACUCUGGAUGUUGAGUAUCAUUAUUCAUGGGAUUAUGCACAGCAGGUGCAUUAUCCGCAUCAUUCUCAACAGGUUGGGCCGAUUUAUUUCCGUACUCCAAGGAAGUGCCAUGUGUUUGGUGUAUGUGCAGAAGGAUCAGGCAAACAGACUUUUUAUUUAAUUGAUGAAAGUCAGUGCACUGGGAAAGGAGCAGAAAGUGUGACGUCCAUGGCUCACCACUAUUUGCAGUUCUAUGGCAUAGGAGAGAAACAUGCACAGAUACAUUUUGAUAAUGCAGCUGGACAGAACAAAAACAACUGUGUCAUUUGGUAUGCAGUAUGGCGCACUUUAAUUGGACUACAUGAGACUAUUGCAUUGAGUAUGUUGGUGGCAGGUCACACGAAAUUCGCUCCAGAUUGGCAUUUCGGUGUGUGGAAAGUGAAGUGGAGAGAUUCCAAUGCAGAAACAAUGACCCAAGUGGCUGGCACUGUGAGAGAGUCAUCAAGAGGUUGUCACAAUGUUCCACAAUUAGUUGAUGAUCCUGACAAACCUGUUGCUUUUUACAGCUGGAAGCCAUUUCUUGAACAGUAUUUUAAACCUGUUAAACAAUUGUCCAAAUACCAUCAUUUCUUUUGUAGUUCAGUUGAACCGGGUGUUGUAUAUUGCAAGGAAUAUUUCGAUUCUGAAGAAGUUAGGGUAAAUAUACUGAAGCAAGUGCCUGAGAAAAAUGCAAUGCCUGUAGUAAAAGCUUUUCCAGGUUUGAAUGCAGCCCGUCAGUGGUAUUUGUAUGAACAAAUUGGUCAGUUCUUUAAAUCUGAUCUUGCAAAAGAUGUUGUUUGCCCGAAACCGUGUGUUCCAAAAAUAGAAAUUAAACUUGAUACAGAUUGUGAUGUAAAAGUCGGUGGUAAGAGAAGGAAUAAUUUAUUGACAUGAGACUUCAUUUUCCAACAUAGGAAAAUUCCUUUGCCAUGAGCUAGAUGCCAUAUUCACUUAAUGCUUCAAAAGCAUAGUAUCUAUAUGAAUGAUCAAUACACAUAUAAUUAUGAAAAAAAAAAUUGGAAUACAUAUUUGUUGUUAGACAAUAGAAUUUUAGUUACUUUUGAGAAUGGGCAAUAUUUAUCACAAGUUCUUAGGUGUGCUGUACUUGAAGUCAUAGAAACUGUACUCUACUUUGAACAGAAAUUUUAAAGAUUAUGUUUUGUAGACAUUGUUUCAAAUUUCAAUGCAUGUGUUAAUUUCUCAGUCACAAUGUUAGUCUUGAAAAUCAAAAAGAAAUACAGAAAUACUCUCUGCUUUCUAGGCAACAAGAAAUAUUUUAUAAGUAAUGUAAAUGUGUAUGUUAACAUUUAUUUGCUUGAAUUAUUUUUAGCUCACCUGUCACAAAGUGACAAGGUGAGCUUUUGUGAUCGCGUGGUGUCCGUCCGUCAGUAAACUUUUACUUGUGACCACUCUAGAGGUCACCUUUUUCAUGGGAUCUUUAUGAAAGUUGGUCAGAAUGUUCAUCUUGAUGAUAUCUAGGUCAAGUUCGAAACUGGGUCACGUGCCGUCAAAAACUAGGUCAGUAGGUCUAAAAAUAGAAAAACCUUGUGACCUCUCUAGAGGCCAUAUAUUUCGUAAGAUCUUCAUGAAAAUUGGUCAGAAUGUUCACCUUGACGAUAUCUAGGUCAAAUUCGAAACUGGGUCACGUGCCUUCAAAAACUAGGUCAGUAGGUCAAAAAAUAGAAAAACCUUGUGACCUCUCUAGAGGCCAUAUAUUUCACAAGAUCUUCAUGAAAAUUGGUCAGAACGUUCAACUUGAUGAUAUCUAGGUCAAGUUCGAAACUGGGUCACGUGCCUUGAAAAACUAGGUCAGUAGGUCAAAUAAUAGAAAAACCUUGUGACCUCUCUAGAGACCAUAUUUUUCAACGGAUCUUCAUGAAAAUUGGUCAGAAUUUUUAUCUUGAUAAUAUCUAGGUCAAGUUCAAAACUUGGUCACAUGAGCUCAAAAACUAGGUCACUAUGUCAGAUAAUAGAAAAAACGACGUCAUACUCAAAACUGGGUCAUGUGGGAAGAGGUGAGCGAUUCAGGACCAUCAUGGUCCUCUUGUUGCAUAUCUCAAAACGACAAUUUUAAGUGAAUAUUAUUAUCUAUUUAUUGAAGGCUGAAGAAAUGUGCCAAAUUAAUGUCUUUUCGAGAGCAAAAAAAUCUACGAAAAAUUCUGUCAUUAGUAUGAUUUAUAAUAUCAUGGAUAUCUAAAACCCGGAUGUCACUCAAAAGGCUGCUUUUCAUAUUGUCUUAAAAAUUUUGAAAUCGCUUCAUGAGAUACUCCUUUGGCUAUUUAAUCAGUUUAUUCAGUUUUUUCAAGUUCGUUUAUUUUGCAAAUCCUUAAAAUGGGUGUGAAGUUGCAAUUUUAUGUAAUGUACUUUGUUUAAGAAGUUAUUGUGUCGUCAAAAUACCAUUUUAUUUCAAAUUGAAAUCUUCAAGUCGGUUUAUUAAGACAUUGUUUAGAUUUUGGUUUUACAAGGCAAUUUUAUCAGCAUUCAAGGGUAGAAUUGUUGUAUUUCAAGAAGAAGAGAUGAAAUAUUCUCUGGUUGCUAGGCAACAGGAAGAAACAGUGAAGUUAUGAAAAAUGUUCAUUGAUAAUUCUUUGCUUCAACCAUGCAUGUAUAUUUUACAGCCACAUAUUUAACAGUAUGCCUUCAUUGAAACAUGUAGAAGUAUUUUGAAUUAAUGUCAAUAUAUGCUAGCAAUGUUCUGUCAGGAAUUCAAAUUGGUAUAAAAAAGAUAACAUGAACCAUCCUGUAAGAUGUCUGUUUAUCUCUAAAAGUUUUCAACAGAUUGACCUGAAAUUUUCAAGACUGUUUGUUUAUAUAUUUUGUUAACUUUUGAAUUUGAUCUUUAAAUGAAUGGAAAUGUUUCAGUCAAAUUUCAAGUCUAAAAACCUAAAAAACAUGGAAAUUGUGACAUAUUCCAUUGUUGCUAAGCAACAGAAAUAUUGAGGUUGCUGUUUUAUAACUACAUUUGUAGUUUAUUAUCAUAGCUUUAUUUCAUACAACCAUGUUUGCAAAGUAAGCACCUUGUUAUGAGCUUAUAAAACACUAAAGGUUAAUAUUAUUAGGUGCAAUCAUUUUUGAAAAAAGUGCCUGUUUGCAGACAAGAUAUUUUGCACAUCAUCUAUACAUAAAAAUGUUUAUUUCUUCAAAACCACUUAAUAGUUUGCAUUGGAAAUUUCAAGUCUGUUUCCUAAGACAUUGUUUAGAUAUUGGAAGCAGAUUUAUUUUGUAUUAAAAGGCGUUUUUAUCAGCAUUCAAAGGUAGACAUGUUGUAUUUCAAGAAUAAGAGAUAAAAUAUUCUCUGGUUGCUAGGCAACAGGAAGAAACAUUAAAGUUAUGAAAAAUGUUCAUUGAUAAUUCUUUGCUUCAACCAUACAUGUAUAUUUUACAACCACAUAUUUAACAGUAUGCCUUCAUUGAAACAUGUAGAAGUAUUUUGAAUUAAUGUCAAUAUAUGCUAGCAAUGUUCUGUCAGGAAUUCAAAUUGGUAUAAAAAAGAUAACAUGAACCAUCCUGUAAGAUGUCUGUUUAUCUCUAAAAGUUUUCAACAGAUUGACCUGAAAUUUUCAAGACUGUUUGUUUAUAUAUUUUGUUAACUUUUUAAUUUGAACUUUAGAUGAAUGGAAAUGUUUCAUUCAAAUUUCAAGUCUAAAAACCUAAAAAACAUGGAAAUUGUGACAUAUUCCAUUGUUGCUAAGCAACAGAAAUAUUGAGGUUGCUGUUUUAUAACUACAUUUGUAGUUUAUUAUCAUAGCUUUAUUUCAUACAACCAUGUUUGCAAAGUAAGCACCUUCUUAUGAGCUUAUAAAACACUAAAGGUUAAUAUUAUUAGGUGCAAUCAUUUUUGAAAAAAGUGCCUGUUUGCAGACAAGAUAUUUUGCACAUCAUCUAUACAUAAAAAUGUUUAUUUCUUCAAAACCACUUAAUAGUUUGCACUGGAAAUUUCAAGUCUGUUUCCUAAGACAUUGUUUAGAUAUUGGAAGCAGAUUUAUUUUGUAUUAAAAGGCGUUUUUAUCAGCAUUCAAAGGUAGACAUGUUGUAUUUCAAGAAUAAGAGAUAAAAUAUUCUCUGGUUGCUAGGCAACAGGAAGAAACAUUAAAGUUAUGAAAAAUGUUCAUUGAUAAUUCUUUGCUUCAACCAUACAUGUGUAUUUUACAACCACAUAUUUAACAGUAUGCCUUCAUUGAAACAUGUAGAAGUAUUUUGAAUUAAUGUCAAUAUAUGCUAGCAAUGUUCUGUCAGGAAUUCAAAUUGGUAUAAAAAAGAUAACAUGAACCAUCCUGUAAGAUGUCUGUUUAUCUCUAAAAGUUUUCAACAGAUUGACCUGAAAUUUUCAAGACUGUUUGUUUAUAUAUUUUGUUAACUUUUUAAUUUGAACUUUAGAUGAAUGGAAAUGUUUCAUUCAAAUUUCAAGUCUAAAAACCGAAAAAACAUGGAAAUUGUGACAUAUUCCAUUGUUGCUAAGCAACAGAAAUAUUGAGGUUGCUGUUUUAUAAGCACAUUUGUGCUUUAUUAUCAUAGCUUUAUUUCACACAACCAUGUUUGCAAAGUAAGCACCUUGUUACGGGCUUAUAAAACACUGAAGGUUAAUCUUACUAGGUGCAGUAAAUUUUGUAAAAAUAGCCAGUUUGCAGACAAGAUAUUUUGCACAUUGUUUAUGUAUUAAAAUCGUUAUUUCUUCAAAAAUAGUCUAUAUUUUGCACUGAGAAUUUCAAGUCUGUUUAAAUAGGUUAUUACUCUUUUUGAAAAAAAAACAACAUCAUUUUUGACAUAAGUUCACUUUAAUUAUUAAUAUAUUUAGCUUAAAAAGUAAGAAAAUUGAAAUGUCACCUGGUUGCUAGGCAACAGAAAUGAAAAUAUUUGUCUGCUGUACUCCGCUUUUUUUACCAAAAUGUUGCUUUGACAUGAAAUAAAGAAAUUGAACACAGUAA